GCACAUGCACCAGUCAGAGAUGGAGGAUCAGCCUGAUGCCCCUACGGAUACUCAGUCAUACACUAUAGAAGACAGAGGGGUGAGAAAGUCGCUUUUUAAGAAACGUAGCACAUCUUCCACAUGCGCGAGUUUGCUCGAAACAGAAGCUGAAGAAUUGCCGAAGGCGAGUCAAAGUCCUCUGGGAAAUUUGAGAAAGAAGCAUCACAUUCUCACGCCUAGGCAGAGCGAAAGGGCUUUAGGGAUUGCUUUGGAGCCAACUCUAUCCGUCAAAUCUAAGAAAUCAAAAUUAGGUGGAAUAGUCAAGUGGUUCAAGAAAGGGGAAAAUUCCUCAGCUGACGAACUGGAUAAUCAAGAUAAUGGCGAUUCAUAUACAGAUACAUCAAGUUUCAUGAGGCAAUCUUCAAAGUACUAUCAGCAUCGUGAAUCUGGAAAAAGUAAUGUAACCCAGAGUAUACAAAAGGCAAAACGAAGGAUGGAGGACAAAUUUAAAUUCGUUUUGAAGAAGGGGAAAAAGAAAGAUGGUAGUACGGAAGAAGCAGCUGGUGGAUAUUUCAGCAGAAAGAAUUCUUUCGAAUAUGGAGAAACAUCUAGAGAAUCUGAAUUUGUUGUACUUAAGGAGAGGAAAUUGGUAUCCACAACUAUCGUAUACCAAGGAAUGUGCAGAUUAUCUUUUUUGUUAGAAACUUGUCCACCCGGAUCAGUACCAGACUCCCAUCUUAUAGCUUCAUCAUUAGAUUUGCCUCAUUCAACUGUCGUUGCAAGAGCUGCGCUUCUAUUGGAAUGUUCCUUCUUCGUCCAUUGUUGUAACAAGGGCCAGUGGCCGUCUUGGAUGAAAUUCAAUAUACCGGUCUACAGACCAUCUGGGCCGCUACCUGCUAGAGGAAAUAGUACCGGUAUCAGGAGAUCCCAUAUCCUCCAGAGGGCAGCUGGAAAAAUGUUCUACCAGUGGGCAGAGGUAAUUGGGCAAAGACUUGAAGAACUUAUCAAUGAAGAUAAAAACUUGCAAUCACAAGUUACUGCAAUGGUGACAGAUGAACAGAAACAAAAAGAAUUAUUAGUUCAAGAUGAAGAAGAGGACUUCUUAGAUGAAGCAAGCAUCAAUUCGUAUGGAUCGUCUUGUCCUAUGGCUUUGAGAUUAAUUGCAUGCGUGCUAUUGCAAGAAAUAACGGCUUUUCUCCGAGAAACCUACCAGACUCUACCAAAGUCUUCCAGAAUAAUAGAUAAAGGAAAGCCUCCUGCAUGGGAGAAGUUAUACAGUCGAGAAGCCAACAGAAGGUGGAGCAUGGCACUUUCUUCCAUGGGUCACUCUCAAACCUCUGCCCAAAGCUUGCAGUCAAUAGCAGGGGACAGAGAUUCAGGUCAGACAGGAGAAAGAAAAAUCAGUUUUGUCCUUCAUGAACCAGACAAUGGUUCAGAAGGAAGCAGUAACACAACGGUUACUAUGCAGGCUUUUUUACAAGGCGACGACAACAAACGUCAGCAACAAUCUGCAAGACCCUCUCAUAUUCUUCGAAGAGGAACCGCAGCUCCUACGGGAGGUUCAUUCAAAAGAAGAAGUUUAAAGCUUAGAAGAGGAACUAAAGAGGGCGCUGAUAUAGAGUGGAAAAUUCCUGAUUAUGUGAAAAGAACCGAUUCCAUCCAGUCCAAGAGGAAAGUGAGUUCUAUAUCUGACAGGAGUGAUACGUCAGAGCCUGGAGCACCAGGUGAGGUGAGUGGGGAAGAAUCUCCUGGGGUUUUGAGUGACGAACAACCUCCAGAAAGUCCUAGUGAUAGCAACGAUACAGCUGAUGAUACCACGAAGAAUAUGCCUUGGUUAAAGACGAUGGUGCAAGUAGCGAACUCUUUUUAUUACUUUUGUCCCCAUCAAAAUUUCUGCCACCCGUUUUGCUAUAGGAGGGUGAUGAGAGGAUGUAGCAGAUUGAUCAAAGCUGUCAGAAAAGUUUAUGGGGAAGAAUUUGGAGUGUUGGAGGAUAAAUUAUCUAUGGAUUUUGGUGGAAAGAAAAAAGGAAAUAAAAAAGAAAAGAAUCAAAAUCGUAAAGUAUCUGAUCAAACAAGUUCAACAGUUUCUCCAAUCAGAAGAAAAGAUAGUGUCGGUAGAAAGGACAGGAUCGAUAAAAAUUUGGAUGGUAGUCAGACCGGAAAAUCUACCAAGGAUUCAUCAAGGGACAUUGCUGAUUCCGAUACGGGGUGUGAAUCCAAAACAACAACUGAAGGAAAACCAAGCGAACCUCCUGCAAUUUUGAAAUAUAUCAAAACACAGGUCAAAGAUGCUUUUCAUGCACCACUUGCGGUUUUACUAAAAGGAUCCGUUAUUUUAACAGAUGAGCAUUUUCUGGAAAUAAUACCAGUUGCUUGGGAGUUACUUCUGGAGUCGAACCAAGAGGUUACUGCUUGUGCUGCUUCAAUUUUCAUUCUAGGUGCUGUGAAAGCACCUCAGCAAGUAUCUGACAUCAUGCAGCAUGGAUUGUCCCACCCCGAAUGUGCAGUGAGAAUAAAUGCGAUUUUGAGAUUUCAAGUUUUAUGGAAAAUGAGAUAUCAGGCUUGGCCUAGAAUGGAAGAAAGUGCCCAAAUGUUGUUUAAAGUACCUCCACCAGGGAUUGAAUUCACGUUACCAUCUCCUAAAAUUGGUAUUGAAUCUUUGGAUGUAGUCGAUUCUCCUUGGGAACUUCUAGUAAAAACUAAAGUUGAGGAAGUAACCAUCAACCAGGAAAGACACAGAUCUCUGGUAACUGCUACGAAAACCAGGAAGAAGCAACAAACAGAGCUGAUUAAAAUGGCUCUACAAGCUCAAGAUGACAAGAAAAGAGAGGAAAGGGAAAAAUUUCUGAUAACCACUAUUCCCAUUACAGUUCAAGCGGCCCAUGAACCAAGUUUGUACCAUACCAGCGAAGAACAUGAAGAAGUUGAUGACGAACAAGCUGACGGUCAACCCAGGAAUACCGGCCAUCAUCUUCAUUCUGCUCAUUCUUUAUUUCCUUCUUGUCUUUGUUCAGCAGUAGUUCAAAUUAUCAACCUUCUGGAUGAUGCAGCAGUCUCAGCUGAUGGCAACGCUGUUUAUGAAGUAUCUUACCAAGUCAUAUGGACAUGUUUGGUAGAAGACAGCGCUUUAUUCCUAAGAUACAUUCUUGAAAGAUUAACUAGAGAGAAACAGGAUUUGAUGAUCAAGAUUUUGAGACAUCUAAUAAGGUUCAUUCCAAAACUACCUCAACAAGCAGCCUUCGCUUUGUAUAAUUAUAUCAUAGGGUAUGUUAUGUUUUAUGUAAGAAGUCCUCAUGAGGAUGGCCAACAGUUGAUUGGAUCAGCCCUUUCACUUUUGUGGAUGGUGGUUCAUAGCGUUCAUGGUAUUAUGUUCAAAGAUCUGAAACAGAUUCUGAGGAAGGAGCAGUGUGAUGCAUCCAUUCUGCUUACAGCAAAUGUUCCUUCUGCCAAAAAAAUUAUCGUCCACGGACCUCAAGAUCCUGACGCUGCAGGUAUUCCUUCACAGUUUCCUGUACAGGAGGAUACCCAGUUCUGUCAAAUAUUGAGAGAAGCAUUAGACUUCUUUGGCAUCGACGAGAAUAGGCACAAGGAAUUCUUCUUGGUGGAUUAUAAAACUCACCAAAUCAGAAACCCUUCAUCUUAUGUUCGGGACUAUUAUUUCUUCAAGAGAUCGCAAUAUCCACAACUGGAACUGGUUCAUAUGAAACCAGAGAUUGCAUUCAAUGCCUUGCAGAAACAGGAGCUCUUGCACAAAUUCGUUGAAAUAGGCAAAGUUCUCUUAACAUGGGCAAUUUUGAAAAACGUAGACAUGGUUGUGCAGAGAGUGGUAUUUCUUCACGAGGAGCUCAUGAAAUUACCGUCCUUUCCUAGGAAAGCGUUGGAAUCAGAUCUGGAUCUGUAUAAGAGUGGACCUUUAGGGAAAGAACUUCUUGGUUUGGAUGUUCUGCAUAAGUUCAUGUGGGUCAGGCUCAUCGCUAGAAUGUUUGAAGCUAUGGCAGGAAAUUUUGCGUAUUCUGGUGAUAUCCAUCUCUUUGUGAAUGUUUUGAACGGUGCUUUGGUUUUACAUUCUGAAGACGCCUGUAUAUUGAGAUACGUUAUGGCUACUUAUAUAAAUGCUGCCUUCCAUUUCAAGAACAUAUUCUCCACAAACGGAUACCUUCUCAUAAUGCCAACCUUGCUUAAAAUCUAUUCCAAUCAUCAAACGAAUAAACUGAUCACUACAACUAUAGAAUAUGCUGUGAAACAAUUUUAUCUGAUGAAUAGAAAACCUUUCAUUUUGCAAAUGUUUGGUUCUGUAUCGGCAAUGUUAGAUACUGAAGAAGAAGGCACUUACGGAGAUGCUCAUAAGAUUCAAUCUAGCUGUCUAUUCAAUCUGCUCCUGAGUCUGGAAACUCCUUCUCCUGAUCCUCUGAAUAUAGCAGAAUUAGUGAAGGAAGAAAAACCUUUGAAAGCCAUAGAUUUCUGUUAUCACGAUGAAAAUGAGAUGGUUACUAUACUAGAUUGCAUAUCUAUGUGUGUUAUGGUUGUUUCUUAUUCUUCCGAGAGUGUGAGAGGUUACCAAAUGCUGAUAAUCUUGGAAGCAAUUUUGCCCUGUUAUGUGAAGCAAAUACAGUUGCCAAGUUACAAUAAAGAAGGAAAGACUGAAAAGGAAAUCAUCAACCAGCUAGCUGUUGCUAUCAGGACUUUGGUGAAUAACUGUGAAGCAUUAACAAAGAGUUACAACGGACCCUACCGUUCCAGUCCAGAACAUAAAGGCUCAAGCCAAAAAAAUUACAGUCGAGGGCCAUAUUCUCCCGGUUUCGACUUCGAAGAUGACUCUCACUCCAAGUUUAUGAGCGAACACUCUAGAGCUAAGAGUAUGUAUGAACAUGACGUCGAAGACUCGGAAGUGCUCAGAGCAGAGUACAGGAGACCUCGAGACGUUUUACUUUCUCUUGUCGGCGAGUUUAUGUGUAGGGCCACGACUAGAUUGCAAGAACUGAAUAAAAAAAACAACCAGGAUGGGAAAAUCGUUGAGUUGUUGGAUAUAAAGUCACAUGUGAGAUUAGCUGACAUAGCACACACUCUACUGAAAGUGUCUCCAUACGACCCUGAAUCUAUGGGAUGCAGAGGACUACAACAUUAUAUGAGUUACAUAUUGCCAUCAACUGAAUGGGCUAACGAUUCCAUGAGACCGGCACUGGUGACUAUUCUUAGGAGGUUGGAUAAAGUGUUUCAGAAAAUUUCGAAGAAACCGUCUAUAAGAGGACUAAUUGUCAGUGACACUUGUUCUACUGAAGGAGUUUCUGGGGCUACUGCAGCUCUCAUGAGUCAAGCUCCACCACCACACUUUUGCUCCAUGGUCGUUCGUUUGAUAGCUCUACAGAUACAAAAUACUCAAGGUCCAUAUAAUGUUCCGGAUUUUCUUCUUUUCUUCAACCAGGAUACUUGUACCCUAGAGCAAGUUUGUGGUGGAAGUUCUAUAUUUCCAACUCAAGAUAAAACUGAAAGUAUCAUCAUGAAUCUUAUCAUGCCGCUAUGUCUGAGGGUUGGUUCAGGAAGAAAAGAUGUUACCCAAAUGAAACACAGCGACAUAAGUUUUGCCCUUACAUUGGUCCUUCAUGCUAUGAGUCCACCGAAUACAAAAUCUGCAGGGCCAUCUGGAACCAACGUCAAACCAACAGGUGAAAUUAGAACCGGUAGUCUUACCUUCACCGGUACUAGAGAUACAAAGACUUCGGCAAAGAUCAAUACUUCAUUGUAUCAGGUUUCAUUUUUAGCUUUGAAGAUUAUGGCAAUUUGCUUUGAAGGAGAGUUGAUGAACGACUGGUUGAAAAUUGGCAGAACUAUGAGAGAACUUGGUAAAAGAAACGAAGCUGCUACGUUUUUAUGGGACUUUCUGGAUUUUGUAGUCACACAUAGAACCGUGUUAUAUAUUCUGAUGCAACCCUUCAUUUUCCAGAAGCUGGCCCAACCACCCAUAUCAGAUUUCGAAAGAAACAUGCACACCAAGAUUCGGAACAAGAUGCGGAGUAUUGGUUUACCACUCCCGAAAAGUAGGGGAGCUCUUCUAAUGGAGCUGGCCCAAGAAAUGAAAUUGUUGAAAGAAGAGCUAGAUGAAUCUACCGAAUCUUCAAGUGACACUAAAAAGGAAACAGGUCCAACAUGUCAAAUGACAACAGAAGUACCUCCACGUCACCAGAGACACUCUCUGAUUGGUUUAUUCACUGGAGAGGGUCACCAUGGAUCGAAAUCCGCUCCAAGUCAUGAGAUGAUGUCGCAUUUGAAGGAGUCUUCAACUAGCACAAGUCAUGUUUCAACUCCAAAUCAAGCAACUAAUCUGAGUAUGAGUGAAGUACAUGAAACUAAUGGAAAUGGAACUACACCUGUUCAGCCUGAUCGAUCUUCUCAAAGAUCUUCAGUCAGUGAUGAUCAUGGUGUACCUCUAACUCUACCAAAAUCUGAAUCCCUAAUGUCACACAAGGCUCAUAAACUCCGCUUUGUAUCUUCCGUAGAAUUUAGACAUUCUUCAGGUGAAACUUCUACGACUCCUUUGAGUCCUGCUAGUCCUGCCGACGAUAGUUCAGGAGAGAUAUAUCCCAACAAAUCAAAGUUACAGAGAAUCAAACCACAAAGUCGAAAAACAUUCCGCAUUAGAAGAAGCAAGAAAAAUCGACGAGCCGAGGAUAAAGAUGAAAAUGCAAAGGACUCAGUUGCGGAAAAGGAUACCGACGAAAAAGUACAGGAGAACGGUGUAUCAGAAUCUGAAGAGGUCAAAACUCCGGACACGGAAAAUUUAGCUGAAAAGUUGAGCGAGACAGCAGCCACGGAAGAUAAGACGCCUGAAAGUGUGAGCGAAAGUAAAAUUGAAGAAACAGCCGAAUCGAAAAAACAAAAGGAAAAGAGUAAGAAGAAGAAGUGGUCUUUCAGGAGCAUAUCAUUUUCGAAGAAAGAUAAAUCAAAACCAAGUAAAGAUAACGAAAAGAAUGGCGACGUUAAGGAAGUAGUGGAAGAG